AUGGCAACAGAGCCAGAGUCCAGCAGCUCCAGCGAUACGCAAUUGCGGCCAGUUGAGACGAAGAUGUCCUACUCCUAUGAGGAUGAGAAGGGAUGGCGACGCUGGAGGGUGCUUCGUCCCGGACGGGGUAUCUACCAUGAUAUCAAGCGAAGGUUGCCAUACUACUGGAGUGACAUCGCCGACGCAUGGACAUAUCGCACAGUCGCAAGUACAAUCCGGAUGUACUUUGUGAACCUGCUUCCAGCGAUUGCAUACACUCUCGACAUGUACCGAAGAACUGGCGAAUUCUUCGGUGUCAACGAAGCGCUCUUCUCCUCAGCACUUGCCGCCGUCGUCUUUAGCACACUCAGCGCCCAGCCCCUGACGAUAGUUGGCGUCACCGGCCUGAUCUCUCUCUUUAACUUCACGAUCUACGACAUCAUCAAGAUUUACGACGUUUCUAUCUACCCACAAUUCAUGGCUUGGACAGGAAUUUGGGCUGCAAUCUUCCACUGGCUAGUUGCAGUCUUCAACGGAUGCGACUAUAUGCGCUACGUGACGGACUUUUCUAGCGAAUCCUUUGGCUUGUACGUGGGAAUCAUCUACAUCAUCAAAGGAGUUGAGGAACUAGUCAAUGAGUUCACUACUGAGGGCAGUGCUGCUGGGUACUUGGCCUGCUUGAUUGCCAUACUCUAUUUCGGAACGGUCUACGCGCUCGAGAAGCUUGGCUCUAGCACUCUCUGGAGAGCGGACUUUCGAGGCAUUCUUGCAGACUAUGCCUAUGUCUUUGCUACGGUUUUCUGGGUCGGCUUCUCCCAUAUUCCAGGACCUUUGAAGGACGCACACAUUAUGAGAGUUCCCAUAGAGACAGCGUUCCAUCCCACACAGCCCCGAAACUGGCUUAUCGACUUCUGGAAUCUCGAUGUCAAGUGGGUGUUUGUUGCCAUGCCUUUUGGUUUCCUGACUAUGUUGCUCUUCUACUACGACCAUCACAAGCUCGCCAAUACCCGCUUCAGAAACCUGGCGGGUUUCAUUGGGAUUUCUUCCUUCUCGGGUGCACCACUUUCGUCGCAGGCAUCCUUGGGCUCCCGAUGCCGAAUGGCCUUGUUCCCCAAGCUCCAGUUCACACAGACUCAUUGA